CGGGUAUUCCAGCAUCUAUUCGUCAACAUUAUAUUAGUUAAACACUGUAUUGUAAAUUGUAUAUUUCAAAUAUUUUAUUGUUUUGUAUAUUUUUCAUGAAAUAAAAUCAGAAAAAGCAUUAAAAUAGUUUUUUUUCUUGAUUAAUUUCAUAAUUAAUACAAGAAAAAAAGAAAUAAAAUCUUUUGCGAAUAGAAAAAAAACGAAAGUAAUAUGAAGAUAUGUUAUAUCUUAAUCCUAAACGAUGGAAAUAUUUUCUCCAACAAAAUUAGAAAAAUUUUCUUUAGAGAAAGUUAAAUAAAUUGUAUAUCUUGUAUUUAUACGUAGGACAUCUAUCGAGAAACUAUUUAUAUAGUCAUAUCGAAUAGACGAAAGAAAGAAUAACGAUCGAUUUCGAUAUUCAGUCAGUCUUAAGAAAAACAUUCAGUUAGUAGUAUGUCGAUAACAACAAUCGAACAUUUCCCAAAUGAAAUUUUCUAUGAAAUUUUCGAAUAUUUUGAUGCAUAUGUAAUUUUUAAUGGAUUCUCAAAGCUUAACAAUCGAUUUCAAUUACUUCUCAAUUCUUCAUUAACACGAUUAAAAUUAGAUGAUAAUCGUCUUCCAUCAAAAGAACUUCUUCUUAAUAAUUAUAAGGAAAUUCUCCAUUAUCAUCCUCAUCAAAUAAUAUCAAUACAUUCAUUCGGUGAAAAUACAACUAAGAUAAUUCCAAUAAUUAAAUCUGAUCUAUUAUUAUUUCAAUCUCUUCAAUCACUUCGUCUUUAUUCUAUUAAAUCAAAUAUUUUAUUAUCACUUAUUGAUCAAUUAGCAUCUUUCCCUAAUUUCUAUUCAUUAACACUUGAUCUAUGGAUCGAAAAUCAAAAUUGUACUAAUAUUUAUCAAUUAAUUUUUAAUCUACCAAAAUUAAAAUAUUUUAAAUAUCGAAUAGUUGAAAUGAAAGAUAUUGAUAUAGUUACUUCAUUACCAAUAGCAACUGAUCAGCAAAAAACAUCAAUUGAAUAUUUUAUUAUGGAUCAUGAUUGUUCUAUUAAAAAUCUUUUUAUUUUAUUAUCAUAUACACCAAACGUUCGUUAUUUAAAAUUUUUAAAUCCUGUUGAUGAAAAUAACUUAAAUAUUAUUGAGCCAAUUAAAUUAAUUUAUUUAACAAAACUUUCAAUAGAAAUCUAUGAGAUGACAUUUGAUGAAUUUGAAAUUCUUAUUAAAAAAUUCGAAAUUAAUUUAAAAAUUUUAUCAUUAGAUAUAAAAGAUGAAGAUAUGUCAUAUCUUAAUGCUAAACGAUGGGAAUGUUUUCUUCAAGAAAAUUUAUCACAAUUAGAAAAAUUUUAUUUUAAAAAAACUGUACAUUUUUCGGAAGAUUAUCAAACACCGAUGUAUUUAGGAGAACAAAAUGAAUUUAGCUCAACAUUUUGGCUUGAACGAAAAUGGAUAUUUAAAGUUGAAAAUGAUUUUGAACAUUUAAUUUAUUCAAUUCAACCAUAUAAAAAAAAAUGGUACGAUUAUAAUUCGAAAUCAAAUCAAUUAUUGAAAUCUGUUGCAUUUGAAAUAGGUGAGAAAUCACCUGAAAGAUGGGUUAAAUCAAUUAGUAUUAAUGAUCAUAUUUAUCAUGCAUUGACUAUUACACAAAUCUAUCACUUACAAAUCUCAGUGGCAAUUUCUCUUGAAAACUUAUAUAAAAUUUUAGUUCUAUUACCUGAUAUUGAAACAUUAACAUUAUCGCGAUUAUCAUUUACUGAUCCAACAUCUAUAAGUUAUGAAGAACGUCAAUCAUUAUAUUUAUUAUUUCAUGAAAAUCAUUUUCAAAAAAUUUCUUUUAGUGGUGUGCAUCAAAAGGCAGAUAUUUAUUUUUUAAUGAUUAUUUGUUUUCAUGUUAAUCAUCUUCAUGUUCAUUGUGAAGAUUAUAAAUAUGCUGAAUCAUUUGUAGGACUUAUAUUAUCUCAUGUUCGAUCAAAAAUAGAUAAUAAACUUCGAUUAUUAUCAAUUACUAUGCCAAAUUUUGCCAAUGAUAUGAUCGAAUAUUUAACUAAAAUAAUUAAAGAACAUAAAUUACUUAAUGAUUUUAUUAUUGAACAAGUUAAAAAUGAUGUUUAUAUAAAAUGGACAUGA